AUGGUCCAGCAACCCCACGUUGUCGUCAUUGGAGGCGGUCCCGCCGGCAUCCAGUUUGCCCAAGCGCUCGCGUCCAAGGUCUCGUCUGCCGUCAAGAUCACGGUGAUCGAGAAACAAAGCUUUACGUUUCACGCCGUGGGAAUUCCUCGCGCACUUGUCGACAAGUCCAGCUACCCGGGGCCAAUCAAAGUGCCCGGCGACGUCGUCAACCGCACCACCAUCGAAGCUGCCCUCAACGAGAGCAUCGACCGCAUUGCGGCUGCGUCCAGCGUCGUUCUCAUCGGUGGCGGUGCUGUCGGCUGCGAGAUUGCCGGCGAAAUUGCAAGUGCGUACCCCAACAAGACAGUGACGCUUGUCGACGGCAACCGCGAGCUCAUGGCGCACGCCGGUGUCUCGGCCAAGUUUCGCGCCCGCCUGGCUGCGAGCUUGGAAGCGCGCGGUGUCCAUAUCUUGCUCAACGAACGCCUCGCGCUGCGUCCGAGUGCGAGCUCGUUCGAGCGUCAAACGCUGACCUUUACGAGUGGCAAGACCCUCACGGCCGACGUGCAGCUGGUGACGUCGGGCAUGUCACCCAAUACGCAGCUCAUGGCAGCCUUUCGCCCGGCGCUCGCGACGCCGCAGGGCAUUCGCGUCAACGGCAGUCUCCAAGUCGACGAUCCGUCACUGCGCCAUGUCUUUGUCCUUGGCGACGCGAGCAACCACCCGUCGCCCAAGCUGGCCAUGCUUGCAGGCGAGCAGGCGGCGUUCCUCGCCAAGGCGCUGGCCAAGACCAUCAAGAAAGGCACACCAAUUCCAAUGUUCAAGACGGGCGAGGUCACGGCGAUGCUCGUGCCAACGGGUCCGAGCGGCGGCGUCGGGCAGCUCCCCAUGUUUGGCGGUGUCGUUGUCGGUGACUGGCUCGUACGCGCCGCCAAAGGCAAAGAUUACUUUGCGAGCAUGACGUGGGGCAAGUGGAAGGCGACGUUGACUCCUUGA